UAACUUCAAGAACUAUUUAACACUAUAAAAUUCGCGACCAUACACAGAGAUGAGAUUAUUCGUAAUUAAAACCAGUGAUGAUCGACGAAUGCUGAUAAUCGAUAUUAGAUAGGAAAAGCAAAACAAAGAUAUAAAUAAAUAGAGACAAAGAAGACGCGAUUGAUAACAAGAAGGGUCUGAUACCCACUCUCUCUCCGUCGAAAUGGCCGCUUCUUCUUCCUCUUCCGACGAGCCUUCUCGCUCUGUCUUCCUCGGCGUCGACGUCGGCACCGGCAGCGCUCGUGCAGGUCUAUUUGACGAGGAAGGAAAGCUUCUUGGUUCAUCUAGCAGCCCAAUACAGAUAUGGAAAGAUGGUGCCUGUGUUGAGCAAUCCUCUACAGAUAUAUGGCUUGCAGUUUGUGCAGCUGUAAAAGCAGCUUGUUCUAAAGCUAAAGUUGCAUCAACAGAAGUAAAGGGUAUGGGAUUUGCAGCUACUUGUUCUCUUGUUGCAGUGGAUUCUGACAGCUCACCUGUUUCGGUUUCUUGGAGUGGUGAUUCAAGAAGAAAUGUGAUUGUCUGGAUGGAUCAUAGAGCUAUAGAACAAGCUGAAAGGAUAAAUUCGUCUAAAUCACCUAUAUUGGAGUACUGUGGUGCAGCUGUUUCACCUGAAAUGGAGCCACCAAAGCUUCUAUGGGUCAAAGAAAAUUUGCAAGAAUCUUGGUCAAUGGUUUUCAGGUGGAUGGACUUGAGCGAUUGGUUGUCAUACAGGGCAACCGGUGAUGAUACUCGUAGUCUAUGCACCACAGUUUGUAAAUGGACAUAUCUGGGUCAUGCACACAUGCAGCAUGUCAAUGAUAAAGAGUCUCGAGACAUGGAAGCUUGUGGAUGGGAUGAUGAUUUUUGGGAGGAAAUUGGUUUGGGUGAUCUUAUUGAAGGACAUCAUGCUAAGAUAGGACGAAGUGUUGCUUUCCCUGGCCAUCCUUUGGGUUCUGGUCUUACUCCUACUGCAGCAAAGGAACUGGGUCUCGUACCAGGAAUUCCUGUUGGGACAUCAUUAAUUGAUGCUCAUGCUGGUGGUGUGGGGGUAAUUGAAAGUGUGCCACAAUCAGAAGCUGCAGAUCAUGACAAGGAAGCAAUUUGCAACCGUAUGGUGUUAGUUUGUGGAACUUCUACAUGCCAUAUGGCUGUAUCGCGGAGCAAAUUGUUCAUUCCUGGGGUUUGGGGUCCAUUUUGGUCAGCAAUGGUACCAGAAUAUUGGCUAACAGAAGGUGGACAGAGUGCUACUGGUGCAUUAUUGGAUCAUAUAAUUGAAAACCAUGCUGCUUCUGCAUGCCUUGCAAAUCAAGCUGCUUCCCAAAAGAUUUCAUUGUUUGAGCUUCUGAACAAGAUGUUGGAAACAAUGAUGGUUGAGCUGAACCUAUCCUUUAUUGCAGCCUUGACUAAAGAUGUACAUGUUCUUCCUGACUUCCAUGGGAAUAGGUCUCCCAUUGCAGAUCCAAAAGCAAAAGGAGUCAUCUAUGGUUUGACACUUGACACAAGUGACAAACAGUUGGCUCUUCUUUACCUGGCAACUGUGCAGGGCAUUGCAUAUGGCACACGUCACAUUGUAGAGCAUUGCAAUGCUCAUGGUCACAAAAUCAACACAUUACUUGCGUGUGGCGGCCUUUCAAAGAAUCCUAUCUUUAUUCAGGAACAUGCUGAUAUUAUUGGUUCCCCUAUAAUUCUUCCAAGGGAAAGUGAACCUGUGCUCUUGGGUGCUGCUAUUCUGGGUGCCGUUGCUACAAGGAAAUAUCAUAGCCUUAGCGAGGCCAUGAAAGCCCUGAAUGCAGCUGGCCAGGUCAUUCAUCCAUCCAAGGAUCCAAAGGUAAGAAAAUACCAUGAUGCCAAAUACAAGAUCUUCCGUGGCCUUUAUGAACAGCAGCUCUCGUACCGUUCCGCCAUGGCCCAAGCCUUGUCAUAGCUUUGCAGAAUGUUUUGACUCAAACUGUCAAUUGCAAUUAGGUGCUCCUUGCGAAGAUUGAAUAUUCAUGCUUCAAGGAUGAAAGAUAUUGGGAUGGAGAAAGAAAUUAUGGCCCAAAUACUACCAGUUUGACGAAUAUCGGUUUUCAAUUUGGGUGGUAGGUUAGACAUUGAACAGUUCAGACUUCAGAGAUACAAGGAAAAAUAAUCACCAAUACUGUUGUUAAAAUUCUUAUAGAAAUUUUAUGUACAGGCUCACUGGUAUCUUAUUUUUUACUACCUUGAACGCCUUGCGCACACUUCUCAAAAUCAAAUAGGCAGCUGCUACUGCUAGCAUACAUUGUACAAAAAUAUAGAGAGCUUGAUACUUGGAUAGCAUCAUUGUUCUAAGUUGUACCAUAUGACUUCCUUGGAUUUAUUUGGACUUCUUGGAACCCUCCUUCGUAGGAAUCGUAGCCCCAUAAUUCUUAGUCAGACAUGAUUUUGGGCUUGGAUAUUACGAAAUCAUAUUGGAAUGAAUUAAAUUUUAUAAUAAUUUUGAUCA